AUGUCUGGUCGAUCAGGCGCUCCUCUCAAUAGCAUGACGUACGGCAUGGCUCCGCCGAUGCAUCCGCAUCACCUCAACCAGGGUCACGACUCGGCUUCGCCCGUCCCCCCUCCUUCUGCCUACGGUCACCAGCAGCAGCAACAGCAGAUGAGCCAGUACGGCGCCUCGCAGGUCGGCUCCAACUUUGCCUACGCCAGCCAGGGCUUUUACGGCCACCCUGCUCAGCACCACCCAAGCGAGGUCGCCUCUCAACAGCAGCAGCACGCCGACUACUACUCGCACCACACCUCUUCGCCCCAGAUGGACCCUAACGGCCAGCUCUACGCCGCCCACCAGAUGAGCCAUCCGGACAUGAUGUCCGGCGGUCAGUUCCAAGGUCACCACCCGGACCUCUUGGCGCAUCAGCACGGAUACGCCGCCUUGCAAGGUGCAGGCAUCCGACCCAAGCGCAAGCAGGUCAAGAACGCCUGCAUCAACUGCCAGAAGGCGUGCAAAAAGUGCGACGAGGGUCGACCCUGCGGUCGCUGCGUUAAGUACGGUCUCGUCGACACGUGCCAGGACAGUGCACGCAAGGAGAGGCGUCGUGGCAUCAAGCGUGGACCAUACAAGCGCAGGGCUACCACGGGCUCGCAGCCCACUAACCCUUCUCUGUCCGUCUCUGGGCCCAUGUCAUCGUACGGCCGUGAUGGCCACAUCUCGCCUUCGAGUCGCAGUGAUGGUAUGCUCGGUAGCACGCCCGGUGGCGAGUCGAGCUUCUCCAGCCCAGCUUUCAACACCCAAGUGCUUACCUCGCGUCCGCAAAUGUCGCUCCAGAUGCCCGGCAACGGGUGGCAGACCAGUUCCACCAGCCCCAACGUCGACGAUCGCGAAGGUUUGAGGGCGAGGUACGGUCAGCCCACCGGAUCGACCCAAGCGUCUUACUAUGGAUAUGAGCAGGACGCCGUGCAUCACACGUACGAUCGGAGUAGUUCUGCACCAGUGAACCAGCCCGGCUCGAUGCUCAGUCCCGUAGGCCGCUUCCCUCAAUCGGGCACGCCGCAGUCGUCCACCUCUCAGCUGCCCGGCCUGGGCGGCGGUUUCGCAAGCUCGUCCAACAGUAGCUACCUCGGCGGCGUUUACGGUAGCGGCGGUCGCAUCGGUGGUGUGAACAACGGCUCGACGUCGUCGCUCAUCAGCCCCCCUCUACACGCUUCUAACUCUAACGCUAGCUUCCUCUCAGCCUCGUCGGCUCCCAACGGCAUGGCGCACCACCGCUUGCACUCGGAUAGCAGCCUGGCUACGUUGAGCUCCAACGGCGCUUCGUCCAGCACCAUGUCUCCGCGUACUCCCUUGAACGCUCCCGGGGCGGAGCCGCCACUUCUCUCACCCUCGGGCAACAACAAGUUGUCGAGCUCCUUCACAACUCCCCAGCCCACGGUGCCGUCGGCUUCGGGCACGUUUUUGCAGCAAGACACCUCGAGGCCGUUUGCGCUCAAGAUGCCCAAGGCGCCCGCUCGCGGUCGUAGCGGCACUGGCAGCUCGUAUCUCGACCAGCAGCAAGGAUACUACGGCAACAACCUCGCCCCCAUCAACGUCAAGAUUCCCGGCCAGAUGCACCAGCAGCCUCAGCACCAACAGCAGGCACAGCAGCAGCAGCAACAACAACAGCAGCAGCAGCAGAUGCAGCAGUUCCAGCAGCGUUCAAGCCCUUACAUGGCCGUUCAAACGCUCGGCAGCGGCGCUGAUGACCGCCGCCAGUUCUUCAACAGCACCACACCGAGGAUGGACCUUUCCCCAAAUGCGGGCAUGAUGUCGAUCAAGGCGGAACGCGAGGUCGGUGGUGCUCCUCCUCCUGCGCCUGCUGGAUCGCUCGGUCUCGCCUGA